CGUGGAGAAACAGAGGUUCUUGAAUGCCAGUGUGACCUACACAUCCCUCUCAUGAGUCACAGGUUCACACACUUUGCGCCGGAGUUGAGUGACUGUCGGACGAAACGUGGAAACUGGGAAACAUUUGUGCUGGAAGUUGUAAAACAAUUAAGAAACUUAACCGCAUCAAUUUUGUCUUUCGGAUGUCAAGAAGUCUAUGCGCGCGAGUCUCACUUGUGAGGGAAUCCCGAGGAAUAUGCUUUGAGCCAUAAACAAACACAAAAGUAACAUAUUGAAAGUCCAGGCAGGAUGAAUAUCUACUUGUGUGACGCCAUUCACAUAGUCUUCCUACUCUGGACUAUGUGUCCUAAGGUAAGGGCCCAAUGUGAGGAACCAUUAGAAAAGAAGCUCAACCUAUCAGUGACCUACGAUCUCCCUAGCUUUGUGGCAGACACUCCCAUACACAAUCUCCUGACCUUUGAAGGUGCUGUGUAUGUGGGGGCUGUCAACCGGAUCUAUGCUCUCUCUGAAAACCUGACAAAAAUGUCUGAAUACCAAACUGGGCCUGUGUCAGAAAGCCUGCGAUGUGGUCCUUUGCGGGAUGGUUCCGAAAAGACCAACAUGGUGGACAACAUUAACCUGGCCAUGCUAGUAGAGACCUACUACGAUGAUGAGCUGUUCACCUGUGGCUCAGCGGACAAUGGGGUUUGCCGAAGUCAUGUGCUGGAAGACCGAUGGAAGGUUGACAAAGCAUCUCAAUGCAUGUAUUCACCCAAGCCCAGCGGUGGAGGUCUACAGGGCUGCCCCGACUGUGUCGCAGGGGCCUCGGGGGCACGUGUACUCAGUGUGGAGAGUGGAGGUGUGGUCCGCUUCUUCGUAGGGAACUCCGAAAUCCCUGGAGGUGGAAACCCAUCCCUCUCAAAACCCCAGCAGCACCACACCAUCUCUGUGCGUGAAAUGAAGGAGACCCAAGACGGCUUCAAUUUCUUCUCUGACCAGUCCUACAUGGAUUUAACUCCGCCGUCGCGUGGGAACUACUACCUGCGCUACGUCUACUCCUUCCAGAGCGGCCCUUACGCCUACUUCCUCACGGUGCAGCAGGAGGGAAGGGACUCCCGGACCUACCACACCCGCAUCGUCCGCACGUGCUCUUCGGACGCCGAGCUGCGGCGCUACGUGGAGAUGCCUUUCGAGUGCAUCACCACCAGCCGACGACGAAGGCGUUCGGCGGAGGGGAUCGAGGUUUUCAACGUGCUGCAGGCGGCCUACGUGGCCAAGGCUGGUCGCGACCUGCAGAGAGAUAUGUCCCUGAAGGAGGGCGACGAUGUGCUAUUUGCCACCUUCGCCAAAAGCAAGCCGGGGUCUCCGGAGCCCAUCGCCAGCUCGGCGGUCUGCGUCGUCUCCCUCGCCGACAUCAAUGACAUGUUUCUAGACAAAAAUAUACGCGAGUGUCACACCAAGCAGCUCUACCACUUCACAGGAUCUGAUGAGAAGCGCUGCUACAACGCAAGCUCAUUCGACUGUGGAAAAUACGAGGAGGGCUACCGUUUAGAGGUGACUAGCACCAUGGCCCGGCUGGACUACUUCAGAGGCGAGUUCACCAACGUGCUGCUCACCUCCAUUGCUGUGGCACCUGUCCAGGACGACACCGUGGCCAGCCUAGGGACCGCCGACGGCCGGCUCAUCCAGGUGGUGGUUAGCCGGGACAAGGAGCCUGUGCCGCAUGUGAACAUCCAGGUAGAUAGGAGACCCGUGGCGGUCGAGAUGGUGGUCCUGAACCAGGAGCGCCCUGACGCUUCUCUGUUGCUGGCCACAGGAAAUAAGCUCACCCAGGUCCCUCUGAUUGGCCCUGGCUGUGAGCAGCUUUGGAGGUGUAACUCUUGCUUGCUGGCACCAACGUUCAUGGAAUGCGGCUGGUGUGCCGGUCGUUGUACCAGGUUCUCCCAGUGCCCUUCCUCCUCCAACUGGACCCAGGAUUCAUGCCCGCUCCUUAUCACCAAGAUCUCCCCGUCCACGGGCCCCGUGAAAGGGAACACCAGGGUGACGGUGUGCGGUAGAAACUUUGGCUUCAGCAAGAUGGACGUCCGGCGCUUCAACCCCAGCCUGGUCAGCGUGGAGGUGGCGGGGACCCCCUGCAGACUGCUGAAACGCUGCGACAGCUAUAGGUUAGUGUGUGCUCCAGAGUUUCCUGAAAAGUGGUCUCUGACCAGUGAUGGGGAGGUGAAGGUUACCAGUGGCAAAUACAUUGUCCAGAAACCAGGCUUCUUCUUUGUGAACCCAGUUAUCAAGGAGAUCUUUCCAGUGUUCGGACCCAAAUCUGGGGGAGCCAUGCUUACCAUAAAAGGGUCAUUCUUAGACAGUGGCACGGACAGACAGCUCACAGUGGGAGGUGCCGCAUGUGACAUUCAGAGUCUAUCAGGUACGAUGCUGACAUGCAAGACCCCUCCUCAGAGUACUCCCUCCUCCCAGCCAGUGAAGCUGACCAUAGACUCUGUGAAAGUGGAGGCUCCUGUGCAGUACAGAUACAAAAACGACCCCCUCAUCUCCAGUGUGCAGCCCACUCGGUCUUUCAUCAGCGGAGGCAGCACUGUUUCGGCCCAUGGCCUGUACCUCCAGUCCGCCCUCCAGCCCCGCAUGAACCUCACAACAGUCAAGGACGGCAAGGUCUUCCAAGUGAUCCAGAGCUGCACCCAGGAGGAGGAUGGCCAGGCUAUCUUCUGCACAACUCCCUCUCUGAAGGACCUGAACCUGCAGCUUCCAGUGGUCACGAAGGUGGCCUUCGUGCUGGAUGGCUUCUUCACGCCACAGUUUGACCUCAUCUAUGUGGAGGACCCCCGCUUUGAGGACUUCCAAAAGCCCACCAUCUCCUCCAAAGGCAACAAAAUCAUACUGGAGAUCAAGGGUCCUCGAGUGGACAUAGAAGCCAUGAAGGGGAACUUGUUGAAGGUGUCUAACUGGACCUGUGAGCAUGUCCUGGUGGUGGGGGACACUCUGGAGUGCACCAUUCCUACCCAGCUGCAGGCCACCACCAAGGAGCUGGAGGUUGAGUGGCGCCAAGAGUUGUCCUCAGUCAUCCUGGGGAAGGUGGUCCUGGCUCAGGAGCAGGACUACACAGGCCUGGUGGGGGGGAGCGUGUGUGUGGGCCUGAUGCUGCUCCUGCUCUUCACUCUCUGCGUCUGGAGGAGGAGGAACAAGCACAUCGACGAUCUAUCUGAGGGUAAGGUGUGGUAUGACGGUCGGGCACACAUCCAGCACCUGGACAUGUUGGCUAACGCACGGAGCGUCAGCCCCACUAACGAAAUGGUCUCCCACGAGUCGGUGGACUAUAGAACCACCCUGCUGGAGGACCAGGGUGCAGAGAGGCCAGAAAUGUGCCGGCACCCCCCCCACAGGGAGCUGCUAUCCCCCAGGCUAGUCGGGAUGGGGGGUGGGAUGGUGCUGGGAGCUGAGGGGGAGCUGGUGUCCCCUCUGCUCUCUGCUCCGGUCCACAUCGACCCGUCCUGUCUCCACCCGGACCUUCUGAAAGAGGUUCAGCACGUGGUGAUCGCCAGGGACCAUCUUCUACUGCAUUUGAACCAGGUCAUCGGGAGAGGUCAUUUUGGUUGUGUGUUCCAUGGGACCCUGUUAGAAACAGAUGGCCAGAAGCAGCACUGUGCGAUCAAGUCCCUCAACCGCAUCACAGACCUGGAGGAGGUGUCCCAGUUCCUGAAGGAGGGCAUCAUCAUGAAGGACUUCUGCCACCCUAACGUGCUGUCCCUGCUGGGCAUCAGCCUGCCCCCCGAGGGCUCCCCUCUGGUGGUGCUGCCCUACAUGAAACAUGGGGACCUGCGCAACUUCAUCAGGGACGAGACCCACAACCCCACAGUGAAGGACCUGAUGGGCUUUGGCCUACAGGUGGCCAGAGGCAUGGAGUAUCUGGCUAGCAAGAAGUUUGUUCAUCGAGACUUGGCUGCCAGGAACUGCAUGCUGGAUGAGAGUUACACAGUGAAGGUGGCAGAUUUUGGCCUGGCCAGGGACGUAUAUGACAAAGAGUACUACAGCGUCCACAACAAGAGCGGCGUCAAGCUGCCGGUCAAAUGGAUGGCUCUGGAGAGUUUGCAGACGCACAAGUUCACCCCAAAGUCUGACGUGUGGUCAUUUGGCGUGUUGCUAUGGGAACUGAUGACCCGGGGAGCCCCGCCCUACUCGGACGUGAACUCGUUUGACAUGACAGUUUUCCUGCUGCAAGGGAGACGGCUGUUGCAGCCGGAGUUUUGCCCUGACACACUGUACAACGUGAUGGUUGAAAGUUGGCACCCCAAGCCAGAGCACCGGCCAAACUUCUCCGAGCUGGUGUCCCGCAUUGCAUCUAUUUUCUCCAGCUUCAGUGGCGAGCACUACAUCCUCCUCAACACCACCUACGUCAACAUCAACAAGAUGACCCCUUACCCCUCCCUCAUCCCGCCUUUACCCGCCUCAACCUCCAACCUGCCCCCCUUUCCUCCCUCCCCUCCCUCUCUCGGCACCCUGGAGCGGUAGUGCAGCACCUGAGAGAGGGUGAGAAAGACAGAGAGAGAGAGAGAGAGAGAGAGAGAGAGAGGGGGGGGGGGGGGCAAGAGAGAAAGAUAUGAAAGAAAGGCACCAUGAUAACGGUAUGGGAGAGGGAUGGAAAAGGAAAAAGGAAGAAAGAUAGAGCGAGAAGGGGUGAAAGGAGAUGUGUGAAGGACUGUGAGUGUGAAGUACUGUACAACAGCUAGACACUGGACGGUAUGCCUAAGAAAACACAAAGCCAGAAUACUGACAUGCUUAUGUGUAUAUUUAGUGACUCUACAUCUUCACAAGCAUCAACUGAACGACCAGGAUUUUUAUGAACUCUCAGGACAUCUUAUUUUGGAGCUCAGAAGAACUCUGGGUGAACUGAGGUCAAUCAAGGACUGUUACACAAUAUAGGAUAUGGGAUAUGGGAGUUUCUUUAAAAGGCUAACAUUAACAAAAGGUAUCAUCUCAGAAGCACAAACCUUUCAAUGACUACUCUGCCCCAAAGCAACACCUGAAUUAUUGGAAUACAGAUCCUCUCAUGGCUGUGGGUGGCAUGGGUGGCAGUUCGGAAGGUGGAUCUCAAGCCUCUUCGCAACCAUACCUUCAAGUGAAAACUCAGCGACUGAAGGUCGUAUUGUGUUAAACAAGACAAAGCGACGCCUCUGCACUGUUAUGGUGCUACUUUCAAUCUUCUCCCCUUAUUCUCUCGCAUGCCUCCGCAGUUGGACUAAACCCAGCUUCCUCACCUCACAAAGAAAAAAUCUGGUAGAGAACUCCAGAUAUCGGCGGCAUCAGUUACACUAGAAACAGAAGAGUAUUGUGAGUUUGCAUGAGGAUUGAUAACGGACAAACAAAAUCAUGGCGGAAUCCAUUCACCAUAACUUGCCGUCACGACAGGAAGUGAAUUCCAAGCCAGACAACCUUCUGGCUGAAUGAGAACGUUGCUGGCCAGAUGCGAGGCAGGUGAGUUUUGGACUUACGAAUGAACACUGUUGUUGUGAGAGUAGCGUUGGAUAUAAGUGGGUAAGAAAAAACGCGAUAGUUUAUGUGUGUAAUUAUCUUUGACAACUCCCUUUUGAUGUUUCUCUAAAGGGAGUUGUGCCUGAGUCACCUGUGUGGAAUCCGCAGAUGUUUCCAAGUUAAAAUUGCCAGUAUGUGUGUGUAUUUUUUGUGUCCUCUUAGCAAGCCACCCCUUUAGCUUGAAACUACCUGUGAUAAUGUGGAUGAUGUACAUUUCAUGCAUGAGAAUUAAGCUCACACUUGAAAGUUGAAACAUGUCCAAAGUUGGCUGUUUUGUACCAUGCCAUGGCCAUGGCAAGGCACUACAUAAUCUCAAAGUCUGCCAUCAAUCCAAAAAAUCCCCCCUAAAAUGUCAAAGACCUCAUGACAGCUAUUUACUCAUUUGGAAAAUAUGCCUCAAAGUUAAACAGUACCUUUGCCUUUUAUUUGUGUAGCAUUUUUUUCUUCUUCUUCUUUGAAAGGCUGCUGUCUGAAUUAACCCUGUUGAUGGACAGAUAUGAAUGUUUGUAUUAAACAAAGUGCAGUGCUCUAUUACUGAAUAUAAUUGAGCCUAGAGGUUGGUUCAAUAUAACGCUAGAAGAUGUAUAUGAUUGCAACAUCAAUGAACAAAGCAACUUAAAUAAUUCAAGUUUCAAUUAAGCACUGCCAUUUGUACAAAAUACAUGUUAUAAUAGAAAUAAUAGUGAAUUUUAGCCUCCGUGGAAUUUGUAUGCUUUACUGUGGUAAAUGUGUAUAUAGGUAAAUGUUGAUACGUCUUUGUGUAUAGGUCCUGUAUGCACAGUAUAGGAACUGGAACUAGCAACACUUCUUUAAAUUCAAGACCACUUUUCAUUUAGCAUUAAGAAGUGUUGUGCUUGCUUUUCUCUACCCUAUUUGUAUAUUGUACAAUGUGUCUGUAAAAGCUUUGUCUUUGAUAUUGUCUCUAUCAAAUGAUGAAGGUACAUGUGACUAUUUUAUGUUCUCUGACUGAAACAGUGUAAUAAAGCAUUAUUAUCAGAGGGA